AAACAAUCACGGGAAAGAGGAGUGGGAUGUUUACCAUAGAACCGCAAGAAAUUUGUCUUGUCUGCUCAUAACAAACAACUAGUAUGAACUAUGGAUUUCAUACAAACAAAUGACUUUGACCAAGCAGGAACUAUCCUAAAUAGCACAUGCUAUGGAAAAGACCGGAGACGCCAUAACGUGUCUUGUCAAAAAUCUUCAAAAGGGACUUUUAGUAUUGCCGUGACCAGAGGCCGCUCCCUAACCUGUUGACUCUUCCACCAGUGUGGUAUUGAGCCUGUCCCUUGGGGGCCACCGUUAAGUCAAAGCUAAUAUUGGAAGCUCUGUUCUACUCAAGUCCCAAACUAGUUGCAGACGCUCGGCUACUCAUGAAAACUAGUUGCAAAACCCCGCACGACGCGCGACAGUUCAGUCUCCCUAGAACUUCAACCCUCGCCCGAGUCAUCAUUUUUCUUCACCUUUCUAAUAUUAACCCUUACCUUGCCUCCUGUCAGCCAUCUUCUAAAAAUGCAAGUUUAUUGUCAUAACAUUGCACCUUUUAUUCUGGAAAAGGUGCUUAAAUUCUCUCUAAAAAAAAAAAAAAAAAAAAGGGAAAAAGAGGACUAUAUUCUCCAUAAAGUACACAUUUCGUUCUUGAAAUUCAUUCCUGUCAAAAUACGCUUGUUGUUCUAGACCAGUGAUUCUCAGUGUGGUACUAGUACCACUAGUGGUAUGCAGGCUCCCUCUAGUGGUAUGUGAAACAAUUGCUGAAUUAAAUGUUUAAACUGUCUGAUAAUACAGUGGCCUUUUUUUUUUUUUUUUUUUACUCUUCCGUUAAAGUUAGCCUACAUUUGUUAAGUAGAGUUCAGUUGUAAUUAACUUUUAAGUACAUUUGCAUGUGUCUUUUACAACAUUUAUCUAGGUUCCUUAAAUUGCAAUACAUUUUAAUUUCAUAAUUGUUUAAGUUCUUUUUAAAUGAAUCCAUUUUUUUUUCAAUUGAGUUGUACAGGUUAUAGGUCACAUUAAUGGUGGAAAUGUUCUUUUUUGAAAUGAAUUAUCUUGGUGUCAAUUUUAUUUAUAUACAUUGGCAUUUGAGCAGGGGUGUGUAGACAUUUACAUCCACAGUACACAUUUAGCUCGCUUGCACUUUCAUUGAGAACUCCUUUUAAGCGCAGAGGCAUUAGUAUUGCGGGCCAUGCGUCCCGGCCCGGGACCGCUGCUCAAAGGCCGCCAUUCAUGCACGGCGGUGAGCCGGCGAGGAAGAAAAAGGCGCCAGCGCGGCCGUGGUCACACACAACCCGCCUGCCCGCUGAGAUUCACUCAGUGAAAAGACAGCUGUCAACGCAAGCCUGGAAAGGAAGAUGGUCACCAUGGACGCCCUCGCCUGUGGAAUUAAUUACCCCGUGAAGUGGGAGGGGGACCCCCCCACCCACGUUGUGGCUCACUUCCUGACAAACAAGCUAAACGCGACACCUGAACAUCUCUGCUCACAGGAUGCCGAGCCAGCUGGAGGGCGCCAUGGACGCGUUGAUCGCCGUCUUCUACAACUACUCGGGCCACGACGGGGACAAGUACAAACUGAACAAGGGCGAGCUCAAGCAACUGCUGCACACCGAGCUCACUGACUUCCUCACGUCGCAGAAGGACCCGCUGCUGGUAGAGAAGAUCAUGAGCGACCUGGACUCCAACAAAGACAACGAGGUCGACUUUAACGAGUUUGUGGUGCUGGUGGCGGCGCUCACCGUCGCCUGCAACGACUUCUUCCAGGAGCAGAAGAAGAAGGCGACCAAGUAGAUGUUCCUUUUUGAAGCACGCUGUACAUCCAGCCACUCCUUGUCAUUUAAAAUGACACGAAUGUUAUAUCGUGACGUAUUGUAGCGUGUUAAAUUCAGCGCUGUUGUCAAUAAAUGUGAUGAUUCCCCUUUUAAAACACGUCGUCCUUCGUUCAAAAUGACAACAUGUUUUCGCUUUGGUGCUCCCGCGUUGGUUGAGUCGUGGGAAAACGUUUUCCCCUCCGUUGUCUUUAAAUGACUCUCGUUUGCAUGAAAUUAAAUUCAAUUGGAUGAUU